GUCGCUGCAAGAACACCAUUCAUGCUAAAUGGUUUGAUGAAAAGAAUAUUCAGCAUGGACAUUCUCCUCUGCCUCUGCGUUGCAAAACAUGGAAAAAAUACUGGUGUGAUAGAUCUGGCAAAGAAUGGCCGCGUUUCUGUAGUGCCAGGCGGUGUGACCGGGAAGCAGAUGGAAGUGCGCAUGUCUUUGUGGAUUGUGAAGAAGAUGAAGAGUACAUCAUUCCAACUUGCGGCUUUCAUAGAAAUCCCAGCGAGAAGUACUUUCAAAAAACAAACAGAAAUGUCAUUGCUGUCUACAUUGACAGAGACAAAAUUAUGAAAGAACUUUUGGAUAACCUCAACACAAUGUCUAACGUUGUUCCCAUAAAGUCUGGAAUGAGAGUGCGCAAUAAAUCUGGCACUAGUCUCUGUAACGCACGCUUUUUUAGCUCGUGGAAAAAGUUUUAUGUUGGCAAUAAAAAGAGGAAAUGGCCAGACAUUUGUCGCAUUAAAGGUUGCUGUGAGUCAGCCAGGAGCGGAGCACACGUAGAAAUUGAAGGAGAUUGUCCCUGCGUUUAUAUUGUGCCCAUGUGUGACAAGCACAACACACCCCAUAUAAAGGAUUGGCUUCAAGUGAAAGGAAAAACUAUUUUAGUGAAAAUCGAAUCGGAGGACUCUAAAGGUCCAGCUGGUGUGUGUUACGAAAAGAAAUGCCAUUAACUUUAAGCUGCUAGAAGCCGUGGUUAUUCUUUGAUGCAGAGAUGUCUUUCCACUGAAAAUGUUUGGCUACUUUUAACUUUCUAAUACAUUUACAAGUUUUCUUUUACUUUUUAGAUUAGACAGGAUUUGCACUGUUACAUGUUUUACUCCAGGGACGGAUCCAUAUGGGAAAUGCUGGGUGUGUGCACCUUUACCCGAGCUCAGAUAAUACAAUAGCUUGUCUGCGAGGGUGUUAUUGUACAUAGAAUUUCCUAUUGUACGUAGAAUUUCCUAUUAAAUUUACCAGGAUCUGCCCUUCCACACAUAUACAUUUCUAUAUGCCUAUUUAUCUACACGAAUUUCAACCAAUGUGUACAAAAGUAUUUAUUUUAGCUACAUGCACUUAUACAUAGAAUUCAUGAACAAAAAUAAAUGCAGUGUUUGUUGAAA